AUGCAAUUUUUGGGCAAUGUAUCUCAAUUUCAAGAACCUAAAUCCUAUAAACAAGCUAGUGGUCAGAAGGAAUGGGUUGAUGCAAUGAAUAAGGAGUUGGCUGCUUUAGAACAGAAUGAAACAUGGGAAUUGACUGCAUUACCUGUUGGAAAAAAGGCCAUAGGCUCAAAGUGGGUAUAUAAAGUCAAAUUAACUCCAGAUGGGAGUGUGGAAAGAUGCAAAGCUAGGCUUGUAGCUAAGGGUUAUAAUCAAGUGGAGGGGGUUGACUAUUUUGACAGCUGUUCACCUGUUGCAAAGAUAGUUACUGUCAGAAUUUUUAUGGUGAUUGCAACUGCUAAACAAUGGCCUAUCCAUCAGCUUGACAUCAAUAAUGCCUUUUUACAUGGCUAUAUUAAUGAAGAAGUCUAUAUGACUCCACCAGAACGAUAUACAAAGGCUAAAUAG